AUGGAUGUGAAAGUGAUGGUGGAGAAAAUGAAGAAGAAAUUCAAGAGGAAGGUUGAGGUGGUUCCGCCGAAGAAGGAGAAGGAGAAGGAGAAUGAGAAAGAGAAAGAGAAGAACAAAGGAGAAAAUGAUGGAGGUAAGAAGAAUAAGCAGAAAGGUGAAGGUGGAAAUAACAAGGUUGAUGAGAAUGGUGGAAAGGGGAAAAUGGAGAUUACGACGAAUUCGAACGGACAUGGUUAUGGUUAUGGAUAUGGAUUAUUGGGAUUUGAUUAUGGUUAUAAUAAUAGUAAUGGAGAAGGUGAAAUUGUGCAGUUGCCUGCUCCUCCUCAAAUGUUUAGUGAUGAAAACCCUAAUGCUUGUUGUAUUAUGUGA